CAGUCACACCAUUAAACAAAUGCGAAAUAACACAACCCAUAACACACGCACUUCAGUUUGACGUUUUACCUUCAAAGUCGUUUAUCAAAAGCGUCUUUUUUUUUUUUUUUUUUAUCUCAUACGUCUUUACCCACAAGGUAGCAUGUUAGCGAGUUAGCUUGCUAGCGUGUAGCAGUAGCUUAUUGGCGCUUCAGCUCAAGUGUUUUUCUGAUCCGGUCUGACCCACACAACAUUACAAAUGGGGCGUAGGAAGUCAAAGAGAAAGCCACCUCCAAAGAAAAAGAUGACUGGCAACCUGGACGUCCAGUUCACGUGCCCGUUUUGUAAUCACGAGAAAUCCUGCGACGUCAAAAUGGAACGAACCCGCAACACAGGAAUUAUAUCGUGCAGUGUUUGCUUGGAGGAGUUCCAGACUCCGAUUACCUAUCUGUCUGAGCCGGUGGAUGUUUACAGCGAUUGGAUCGAUGCCUGUGAAUCAGCCAAUCAAUAGUCAUGUUUUCCUGUGACUCUCCUCUUCCCUCCAACCUCACUCACUUACACUCCUCCCCUGUGAUUGGUCCAUUGAAUUCAGCCCUGUUCCACUAGCACAGUGUAGCAAAAUCUUCACAAAACUACAGCAGCGUUGUGAUUUUGCAUGAGACGCUGGUCAGUUUGAUUUUGCUACAGUGUGGCUUGCCGAGCACGCCACCUUCCUCUGGCUGGGCCAGAGAGUUGCCAUGUUUUGUCUCCCUCACAGUUCUCAGUGUAAACGUUUUCUUUUUAUUCAGUUUCUUUGAUGUGUUUUUUAAAAUUUUUUUAAAUGAUUAGAUGAUUGUUUUGUCUUUUAUUCCGAUGAAAUUGUCUUAGAAUUUCAAUUGAAAAAUGUAACUGACUGAAAUUUCCAUCAGUGUUAGACAUUCCAUGUCCUCAAUCGUUAUUCUUUGUGUUUAUUGAUGAAAAAUAUGACAAAUGUCUCGUCUUUAGGUCGUAAUCAGUAGAUGAUAAAGUGCGUGUUACUUUUGUGGAAGUAGUUUUUCUAGUUUUCACCCCCGUCUCUAAUGCACUGAACCAUUUUGUUGGAUUAAUUUUUAAGUUUCAACUGUCGAAACCUUUGUUUGUUGGACCAGUAUACAUAUAUAUGUAUAUGUAUUUGUACUGCUAGAUUUGAUUAUUGUCCUUUUUUUUUUUUAAAUCACAAUCAUGUACUUUCACUACUAAUACGUAUUUCACAUCUACCGUGUAUUUUUAGGCAAUGAGAAAAAUAAAUCAGAACCAUAUUUUU